UGCCGGAGUAUGGGCUUCAUAAAGUUGGAGAAUCAGCAAGGGAUAUGCUUUGCAUCAAUGCUGAUCAGUGUCUUGAUUUUUAUCCACUGGCUGCAUACAGUCUGCUUGCAAUGAAAGUAAUAUCCCUGAAACAUAAUGUUUUGGACCUGUAACAUGACCUGGACAUGUUUGCAUUUCACUCGUCAUUUAUUCCCCCCUUUUAGACAUGGAUGACAUAGCCACUUUUGUUAGAGAAGCACUACCAAUGUGUAGCAUGCCAGCUACACUGCAACCCAUUAUGAAUGUCCUCAAAGACAUUGGGGUGGAAACGCUUGAUGAUAUGCAGCUUAUCCAGACAAAUGACCUUGCAGGCAUGCUCAGACCCAUUCAAGCAAGGAAGCUUAUUGCACAUGUUAAAAGUGUCUUCUCAGCUCAGACUUAUGCAGCUUCAAGCAUGGAGGAGGAUUUCACAAGCACACCCCAAACUCCAGAAACACUGCGGGUCACUCCAAGCCCAAGUAUACCCUCUAUACCCUCUACUUCUCGACACUCAUUUGGAAGCCCAGGCACACCUCAAACUCCAGAAACACCCUUUCGACCCUCAUUUGGAAGCCGCAUUUUCUCUCCAUCUAGUAGUGAAUGCUCUAGUCCCAUUACAGAACUGGGCAGUGACUGGCACUACAAUUUUCGCAUUAUUACAGCUGAAAUUCUAGACACUUGCAAGACACCAGCAAAGAAGCACUUAAGUGAAGUUGCACAGAAGAUAGUCCUACAAUAUCCAAAGUCCUUCAAAGACAUCAUAGACGGUGAAGUCGUUGGAAGUGGCUAUGAUUCUCUAACAAAACAACUUCAGUGCAGAGUUGAUAACUACAAGAGAAAUGAGACGCUGGGUAAGAAGAGGAUCAUCCCAGAUGACAUCAGCAUUGUACCAGAAAAUAAGAAAAGAAAAAAGACAAGGCAAAAAAUGUUCCUGGAAAAUGAGAGGAAUGAAAAACAAAUUGAACAGGUAAUCUCAGACACCCUUGUAUCUCAGAGAAACGACAUAAUGUCUGGUAUGGACAUCCGGGCCCUUAUUGAAGAAUGGCCUCUCCUUUUCUCACUCGUUGGCAUGAAGACACACUUCAAACUCUUGACUGGUGUCCACCAAGCGUAG